UAAAUAUUGAAAAAGUUUUCUUCCUCUUUCAUUAUUCACCAAAUUAAUAAGCAUCCUCUAAUUUCAAGUUUAAGUUUAAAAAUGUUUUCAAUAAAAAUUGUUUGUUCCUUUUUAUUAAUUUUGACAAUUAAUAAUGUGUUUGCUGAGAACUGCGCUUACAGACGUUUACCAGCGCCAACUUGUCAUCCAAUAAAACGGGGUUUAAGUCCCACAGAGGAGAGAGAAAUUCUUCAAAAGCACAAUAAAUUAAGAAGAUUUUUAGCUUCGGGUGCAGAAAGACGUGGUGCGAAUAAUAGGGGUCAACCAGCAGCUGCAUAUAUGCCAAAUUUGGUAUGGGAUGUAAAAUUGAAAAACAUGGCUCAAAAAUGGGCUGAUACUUGUAGUUAUGCGCAUGACAUGUGUUUAUUUCAAAAUAAUAUGGGUCAAAAUAUGGGUUUCAUUUCAAAUAAUGAUGACAGCGUAUUAAUUUAUACGAAUAUUGUUCAAGCAUGGUAUGAUGAAGUAAAAGAUUUUGAUGGAUCACAAGUAGAAGAAGUGAGAAAAUUUGGUUGGUCGGCUCACUAUACACAAAUGGCAUCAGCAAAUACCACAAAAGUUGGAUGUGGUGCAAUAGUCUAUAAAGAUGGUGGUUUGAAACGAAUUCAACUUAUCUGCAAUUACAGUCCUUUUGUCAACAUGGUUGGCGAUGCACUUUAUAAAAGGAGAAAUUAAGAAAAAUAUACACAUUUCUCUUUAAUAAAUAAUAGUUAAAUUUCAAAUGAAUUUUUUUCAUUUUGAACAGAUAAAUAUUUAUUUAAAAUUGACGAAAAUAUAUUUCCAAACUCUUCGUAUAUAUUGGUUUUGACUAAAUAAAUAUUUCAUUCAGUUUAAAAUUAAAA